AUGAGCUGUGGCGAUGGCUUCAACGUGCCGGUGUCGGUCAUUCCCAGCGGGGGGUCGAACUGCAACAGCACGACGUGCCGGACGAACAUCAAUGCGCGGUGCCCCACGGAGUUGCAGAUGCUGGCGUCGGACGAGAGCGUGGUGGGGUGCAAGAGCGCAUGCUUAGCCUUCGACACGGACGAGUAUUGCUGCAGGGGUCAGUACGGUAUCCUGGACACAUGGAAGCCCACCAGCUACUCCAAGAUGUUCAAGGAUGCGUGUCCUCAAGCUUAUAGUUAUGCUUAUGAGGACAAGAGUAGCACCUUCACCUGCGUGGGGGCUAAUUACGAUAUCACCUACUGCCCUUGA